GACUUGGCCAUACUGCCUGGUGACUCCCAGCAGCCACUGCGUGCUCUCUCCUACUGGGGUAUGCAAUCAUGGCGGAUGUGCUUCGGCAGCAGGUCCAGGAGGAUAAACCCGAUCAGGAGAUAUUCCUGAACGGGGAAGAAGUCGAACUUGAUGGUAAAGACGAAGCAGACCCUUCCGAAGAGACGGCCAAGAAGAAAAAGAGAAAGAAGAAGAAGAACAAGGCGGCGGGGUCCGCGGUGAACGAUGAGGCGGAGGGGGAUGGGAGCACCGGGGGCGUGGGUGACGUGACGAGACAGCUGGAGAAGCAGGCCCUGGAGGACAAGGAGAAGGAGGAAGACGGAGAGGAAGAUGGUGAGGAAGGCGAGAACUCUGCCGGGAAAAAGAAGAAGAAGAAGAAAAAGAAGAAAGGACCCAAGGUGCAAUCGGACCCUCCGUCCGUACCCAUCUGUGAUCUCUACCCCGGCGGAGUCUUCCCCAGGGGCCAGGAGUGCGAGUAUCCCAACACACACGACGGGAGAAGCGCGGCGUGGCGCACCACCAGCGAGGAGAAGCGGGUGCUGGACAAGGCCAACGAGGAGGUGUGGAACGACUUUCGGCAGGCCGCCGUGGCCCACCGGCAGGUCCGGCAGUACGUCAUGAGCUGGCUGAAGCCCGGGAUGACCAUGAUCGAGAUCUGCGAGAAGCUGGAGGACUGCUCCCGGAAGCUGAUCAAGGAGAACGGGCUGAACGCCGGGCUGGCCUUCCCCACGGGCUGCUCCCUGAACAACUGCGCCGCCCACUACACCCCCAACGCCGGCGACCCCACCGUGCUGCAGUACGACGACGUCUGCAAGAUCGACUUCGGCACGCACAUCAACGGUCGAAUCAUUGACUGUGCCUUUACUGUCACCUUCAAUCCAAAGUACGAUAAGCUGCUAGAAGCUGUGAAAGAUGCCACUAAUACUGGAAUCAAGUGCGCUGGAAUUGAUGUCCGCUUGUGCGACAUCGGCGAAGCGAUUCAGGAAGUGAUGGAGUCCUACGAGGUUGAAAUCGACGGGAAGACGUACCAAGUGAAGCCCAUCCGAAAUUUAAACGGCCACUCCAUCGGGCAGUACAGGAUACACGCUGGCAAGACCGUCCCGAUCGUCAAGGGCGGAGAGGCAACGAGAAUGGAGGAAGGGGAAGUGUACGCCAUCGAGACCUUUGGCAGCACAGGGAAGGGCGUGGUUCACGAUGACAUGGAGUGCUCACACUACAUGAAGAACUUCGACGUUGGACACGUACCAAUCAGACUCCCGCGGGCCAAGCACCUGCUGAACGUGGUGAACGAGAACUUCGGCACGCUGGCCUUCUGCCGGCGCUGGCUGGACCGCCUGGGCGAGAGCAAGUACCUGAUGGCGCUGAAGAACCUGUGCGACCUGGGCAUCGUGGACCCCUACCCGCCGCUGUGCGACUCCAAGGGCUGCUACACCGCCCAGUUCGAGCACACCAUCCUGCUGAGGCCCACCUGCAAGGAGGUGGUCAGCCGGGGAGACGACUACUGAGUCAGACCCCGCCCCUUCCUGUCCCCCGACCCCUGACCCCCGACCCCCCCGUACACACAGGCAACGCACACACUCGAAAAUGUAAAAGCUUCAAAAAAAAAUAUCAGCAGAACUCGCUUUUUCUUCUCGUUUCUCGCUUUGGCAGAAAGCAGCGCUACGGCGGUAUGGCUACGUCGCUGCUUCGUAACUAAUUAAAAAACUCCCCCUUAAUUAAUCUGCAGAAGACCCAGUGUCUGUGGUAGAGCUGGGGGGGAUGGGGGGGAGGGAUUUCUGAUGUCACAGCAGGUGCCAUUUUUUUGUUUUUUUUUAAUUUAGUUUUUUGUUUUUGUUUUUUUCUCCCAAAAAGGAACAGGAAAUAACGAUUAUUUCAGAGUUUUGUCAGUUUUUUAAUAUUCUGUCUUGCAUUUAGGGAAAGUGAUGCAAAAAUCCUCCCUUAACCGAGGGUGUAACUGUGUACAACCUCCAUGUAUUAAGGCUGUAAGUUGAGCUUUAACUGCAACAGGGAGAGCACUUUGCAAAUAAAUAAAUCAGAUAAAUAAA